AUGUCGGUUAUGUCGGUUUCUGUGAACUAUGUUGAAAAGCUAGAAAAAUUUACUGGGUUGCAUUUCAAGAGGCGGCAACAAAAGAUGUUGUUCUAUUUGACUACCUUGAACCUUGCGAGGUUCUUGACUGAGAAAGCACCUGAGCUAAAGGAAGAAGAGCAAGAUGCUCAAUUGAUCAUCUCAGUGGAAGCUUGGAAAAAGUCUGAUUAUCUAUGUAGAAACUAUAUCAUGAACAGUUUAUCAAACACGUUGUACAACGUAUAUACUUCCAAGAAACUACAAAAGAAUUGUGGGAUGCUUUGGACCACAAAUACAAAUCUGAGGAUGCUAGAAGCAAAAAUCGAGGAAGAUAACCGAUGCGGUGACAAGAAAGGUGUCACUCUCGCUAUGGCUAAGUCAAAUGUUGUCGAACAUGGUCAAAGCUUAAAGAAUAAGAAGCAAAACAAUCCCGGGAAAAUGUCUAUGCUAGGACCCAAAGAUGGAGUUUCAAAGAAACAAAACUUCCAAGGGAAAUGUUACAAUUGUUACAAGAUAGGUCACAUGGCAUCUGAGUGUAGGUUGCCAAAGAAGAAUAAAAAUCAGGCAAAUAUUGUGGAUAACAUCAUUCAAGAUGUAUCUAAUAUGAGCCUUGUAGUUGUUGUUUUAAAAGUGAACUUGGUUGGGUCUAAUCUAAGACAAUGGUGGAUUGAUACUGGAGCUACUAGGCAUAUAUGCUCAAAUAAAGGUAUGUUCGUCACUUUCAAACCAUUAGAGAAUGGGGAUAAGCUAUCCAUGGGGAACUCUACCACUUUUGAACCAUUAUUCAAGGCCAAGGUAAGGUUCACUUCUGAUCAAGCAUGGAUUCCGCUUAGUGAUUGA